AUGAUGAAGGCUGUGCCUGUGGGAGUUUCAUCAAAGACCACCGGCAAAGACAAGAUGAGAUUGACGCGUCUAAGUGCGUCUAACGACAGCGACGAACGAUGGAGCGAUGCUGAGAGCGAGCCAUCGGUGGGCGCGGUGACCCGGUCGCACAAGGAUGGAGACGCGCCACGCACGGUACUCGUGACACUGAACGUGGAGAAGCGAGUGCCGACGAAGACGGGAGGCAAGAGUGCGAUCAUCGAAGCUGCCUCUGAGCACGACGCCGAUCCACAGGUCGAGGAUGAGGCACCGGUGAACGACGACACCUCGGGGAACGACGGCGGAUUGGGUGGCGCGGUGGCGACCACUCAACCGGAUGAAAUGGUUAUGGUGGCCGCCAUUAGCGAGUUGAGAGACAUGGUGGCGCGGCUACGACCUGCACAUGGCACCGAUGACCACGGUGGACGGCACCACGGACGACGACACGGCGGUGCUGUGGCGGCACGACGUGGGCACGAGCGACGCCCUGGUCACCAGGAUGAUUCCAACAGCGACGGGGAAGACAGCGGCUCGACGUGUGGCCAGCGCUGCUGCUGCAGACCCCUCGGACGACGACAGAGGGGACGACAACAGCGACGGAGCCGACGGCGAUGA